UUUCACUCGUUUCUCCAUCGAAUAAUGUUGAUAGUUUUCUGAAGAACCAAAAGCAAAUUCAUCAUGACGAUGGCGUCAAAACAAAUCAUAGAAAAGAAGAAACAGAAAGAGACUAUCCAAGACAGAAACACAAGUAGGGUUGUAAUAAUAACAGUGUACAAGGAAUCACUGAAACCUCGUUCAACAAGGAAACAAUCACAUGGUUUCAUCAAAACAAAGCCAAAUUCCACACACGGCUAUGAUCGUCGAGCUCAGCUUCUCGCUCACUCUCGACAGCUUCGGAAUCAUGCACUUGCACACUCCAAAAAGGUUCCAUCACCCAUCAUUCAGUUACAAACAAAAAACAAGAAGAAGAUGGGGUUUUGGUUAACCAGGCCGGUUCGAAUCUGCUCGUGUUCGCCGUCGAGAUAUACGGCUCUAUACUCCGCCUCUGGUGGUGGUGGUGGUGGCUGGUGCAGAUAUGAACGAGUGACGUCAGAAGAGAACAAAGAAAGAAAUCGUUCCAAGAACAGAAAGUUCGGUCAAGCGCGUCCUUCAUUUUUGAGUAGAGUGGCCAAAACGUUGAAAGAGCUAUCAUGCAAAGAAAUCUAGUGGGAAACAGAACAUUGUUUGUUUCAUGCGUCUUUUUUUCGCCUUAUCUGAUGAUGAAGCUCAAAUCUACAGCUCAGGGUGGUUCAACAUAGACAUUUGAAUAAGAAAAUAUGAAGGUAUAAGGAGAAUGCAUAUUAUAGGCUUGAAUUAAUGUAUAGUUUGUUGGGUGUUGGGCUUCUUAUUUAUUUAUUUUUUUGUUAAUCUCUAACGGUUACUAUCAUCACGUCUCGAAGUUUUAAGUGGAAGAUUUGGACUCGUCAAAAAAUGGAGACAAACACAUAAGUACAUAACAAUGCAUGUAUUGUGUGGUAUUUGGUGGACAUUGUUAUCAAUAACAAUGGAUAUGAUGCAUAUGCUGAAUAUGAAUUUACAGAUGGAAGCGUAAACAGCCAAUCAGGAAUUUACCGAGCAGGACGCACAAAUUAUAGGAGAAGCGUUUAGUUCAACGCAUCGAUGCUUAUGUAAUUUAGUUAUGGGGUUAACUAAUGCCAUAUAAAAUGAAGUUCAAGAAAUAGGUAUUGCGCUUAUCUUGUCUUCCUAUCAAAGAGGGUAAGUUUAAAGCCAAACUAGUAAAAUU